AUGCGCUCUGUAACGCUUAUCCUCGUCUUUUUCUCCAUUGAGUCCUACCAAUCUGUCAGAAGUUCGUCCAGUAGAUAUUCUGAAGCAUUGGAUCCCGCAAUUCUAACCCAGAACCACCUGGAUCUUAUGGAAUAUGGCCAGAAGACUUAUAAUUCAUCUCUACUCAAAAAACUUAUUGCCAUUAAGUCACAAAGUGAGUUGGAAGGCUUUGUGAUCCUCCGUAAAACUGAUGAUUUAGCUAUUAAAAGCUCCCUCCGAUUCUAUCCGGCUCUGCUUGGAGAUCUUCUACUGGAAUCUGCGUACUUUUAUGGGGAUGUUGAAAUUCAUGGAUAUGCAGUGGCUGGAAUUUGGCAUCUGUUGAGAUACAAAUUCGAGUUGGUGGAGGGUGAUAAGAGUCCAAGUGGUUAUGUGUUGAAAGAAUUGUUCCGUUGUUAUAAAGAGAAAUGUUGA